AUGCCGCCUGGUACUGCUGCUGGUACCUCUCCGCCAUCCACCAGCAGUUAUUACGACAAACUGGUUGCUAAAUUUGGUCGGACAUCUCAGGAUGAUCAUCAUAAGGACAGGAUCAAUGAAGAAACGGAAAUACUUAAGGAAGAAAGCAAGAUAAGUCUUGACCGCCUGAAAGAAAAUUCGGAUAUGGACGACUAUGACUGGGAAUUCUGGAGUUCAGUUAUUUCUGACGUUGAACGCGUCAAGUCCAAAGAAAGUGGCAGGCUCAAGGAAAAUUUGAGCCUAGGUGUCCCGCCCUCGCUUCGUGGUAUGCUUUGGCAGAUUUUCUCCAAAUCCAAGAACAACAGCAAUGUCAUUGAAACGGAAUACCGGGAGCUUCUCCAUCGUACCAGUCCUCACGAGAAGCUCAUACGAGGCGAUCUCGCACGCACAUUUCCUUCACAUUCAUUUUACAAAGAACGCGAUGGUGAAGGUCAAGAAGCCUUAUUCAACGUCAUCAAAGCGUACAGUAUCUUUGAUCAACAAGUCGGAUAUUGUCAAGGUCUCCCAUUUGUAGUCGGCUGCCUAUUAUUGCACAUGCCUGAUGAAGCUGCAUUUUGCGUCCUUGUCAAGAUGAUGAGCUGCUACGGUCUACGGGGUCUCUUUACUCGUCACAUGGAAAAAUUGCACGAACGAUUGUAUCAGUUCAACCAACUGCUUCUUUACUUCUUGCCUGAAGUUCAUCGUCAUCUGGAUGCCCAAGGGGUUGUGCCUUCCAUGUACGCUGCUCAAUGGUUUAUGACGCUGUUUGCCUAUCGAUGUCCGCUUGAGCUUGUGUUUCGUGUGUACGACGUGGUGUUUGUGGAAGGUUCACAGAUCGUUCUCAACUUUGCUCUUGCCUUGAUGCGGCGUAAUCAGCAAACCAUCUUAAGCCUAGAAUUCGAGGGGCUACUCGCGUUUUUUGCCGAAAAUAUCUACGAUGAAUAUAAGAAUGAUGCCUAUGGAUUUGUCAAGGACGCCUAUUCGUUUACUAUUUCUUCACGACAUUUAGCAAAGUUAUCGAAACAGUAUGCAGCACAAGUAAAACGUGAAGCCAAGCUCCAUUCAGAGGAAGACCAGCUGAAACGUAAGAACCGUGAACUUACGGACCAAAAACAGCGUAUCGAGAAAGCUUAUGCGAUGCUGGAAAGCGAGCACCAGGAAGUGGCUCGUCAAGUUAUUGAAUCGAAAAUGAAUAUGGCACGGCUUGACGAGGAGAACCAACAGUUGCGUCGCAGCGUAUUGCAGCUGCAGAUCGAAAUCGAUAAAAUCCGAAAAACGAUCAAUGUCGACCGUCAAGCUCAGUUUGACGAAUUGGCUAGGCGGAACUCUGAGCUAGUACAACAAAAUUCGGCGCUGGAAGAUCAACUGGUUGAAGUGGAAAGCCAACUUAUCGAAUUCAAAAUGAAAUACGCCGACAGUGAGAAUCAGUACGAAGUUAUGAAACAGAAGCUAUAUGAAGCACAGAGGCUUAGCUCGUUCAGAUAAGAAUAUUCCAUAUAUUGAAUGAGCAACCUGAAUACCCCGUUUGCAUGAUAUCGUUGUACUGUAUAUACCGCAUUUUUUUUAUUGCACAUAAAGCGUAUGGUUAUUUGAAUCAAGC